AUGUGUUUAGCCCUGCAAUCAUAUGCCCGUGACAAUGACGUAACUCCUGAAUAUCAAGAUACAUUAGCGACAAUCAUAGACCUUUAUCGAAUCCGCACCGCCCAAUGUCUCACAACAGCUGAUAUUACAAGACCUGUUUACUUGAUGAUAGAAACAAUGCUAUGCUACGCUUUCAUUGAGUAUGUUUGUGAACGAGAUGGCGAUAUGGGUACCUGGCUUGGAUAUCAUCGUGAUCCAGAUCAGCAUUCCGGUCUCAGUGUGUAUGAGGGUGAAAUGAGACGUCGUGUUUGGCUGAUUGUUACACAGCAUGAGUUACUUUUCUCCGUUCAAAUUGGACUUCCAAAAUCCAUCAAAUUCGCUGAAUGCGAUACCAAAGAACCCCGCAACCUUUGUGAGGGAGAGCUUUCCGAAGACAGGACCAUUCUCUCCCCAUUCAGACCUGAUACUGAAGGCACACGCAAUCGUUACCAACUCGUCCAAUCUCGGAUUAUGCGUGCCUACGGCUAUCUCAUUGAAUUUCUUCACAUCGUCGAACCCCAACCAUACACUGAAGUAAUCAAACUAGAGGAAAGGCUCAAAAAAUACCACGAUCAAAUCCCCGAGCAUCUCCAAUUCGGGACUCUUCCUCAAAUGGCGCACGAGACCCCAGCCACUAUUGCCAAAAAAUUAUUCCUUCAAGAGACUUACUAUAAAGCUACGCUUCUUCUUCAUCGCAAAUAUUGGAACGCAACACUACCUGGCAACCCAGAUUAA